CAAAAAAGGAAUUGUUAAUUGCCAAGCAUUUGAUCUGAGAGAGAGAGAGAUACAUAGUAAUAAUUCAUUGUAACCUGGCAUUUCCUUAUAUAUGGCGAUACGAUUAGUUAUAUAUACAUAACAUAACAUUCGUGAUUAAGUAAAAUAAAAUUAUUAAGAUGAAUUUUGUUGGAGGUUUAUUAGCAGUGGUGAUGGUGGUAAUGGGUAUGUGGGAAUGUAGUUCACCAUUUCCCAUACCGCCGCAGCAGGUGGCGGACCAUGUCAGCGGGUUGCCCGGACAGCCAUCUGUCAGUUUCAAUCAUUAUGCCGGCUAUGUCACUGUUAACCAACCUAAUGGCAGAGCCCUCUUUUAUUGGUUUUUUGAAGCCAUCAACAAACCACAAAACAAACCUCUCGUCCUUUGGCUCAACGGAGGUCCUGGAUGCUCAUCAAUAGGCUUUGGGCAAUCACUAGAGCUGGGACCUUUCUUUCCUCAGAAAGGGACGAAGCCAGAGCUCAAGUUCAACAACCAUACAUGGAACAAAGCGGCCAAUUUACUGUUUUUGGAAUCUCCCGUUGGCGUUGGAUUCUCAUAUACAAACACAACUAGUGAUCUCAGUCACCUUGGUGACAACAUGACAGCUUCCGAUUCCUACAACUUUUUGGUGAGUUGGUUCCAAAGGUUCCCACAAUAUAAAUCUCACGACUUCUACAUUGCUGGGGAAAGUUACGGAGGCCAUUAUGUCCCUCAGCUUGCGAACCUUGUUGUUGAGAAAAACAAAAUUGCACUUAAAGACCACUUGAUUAACAUCAAAGGAAUUUUGAUAGGGAAUGCAGAGCUGGAUGAUGAAACAGACCAAAAAGGAAUGAUAGAGUAUGCGUGGGACCAUGCGGUUAUAUCGGAUGCAGUGUAUGAUGAGAUUAAGAAAGAAUGUGAUUUCAGUAGCUUAAACUUGACCAAGGAAUGCAAUCAUGGAUUGGAUAAGUACUUUGAUGUGUAUGACAUCAUAGAUAUGUACAGUUUGUAUGCCCCUGUUUGUGUUGAUGAUAACAUUGGUACCACCAUUUCCAAACCCUUUGGUGUUUCCAGAUUUUUAACUAAAAAUAUUGUGAGUUGUAUGGAAGAAGGAGGCCGUUAUCUGGGUACGACCCUUGUGCCUUUUUGUAUACUGAUGUUUAUUUUAACCGAGCGGAUGUCCAACGUGCUCUUCAUGCUAAUGUCACUGGACUUCGUUAUCCCUGGACAAGUUGCAGGUAUGAGCGAUGCCAUUGAGAAGUGGAAAGACGCUCCUUUCUCCAUACUCCCUAUUCUGAGACAACUUAUUGCUGCGGGGCUACGCAUUUGGGUUUACAGCGGAGAUACAGAUGGUAGAGUGCCAGUUACAGCGACGAGGUACAGUUUAAGAAAGUUGGGUUUGCGGGUGAAACAUGAUUGGACUGCAUGGUAUACUAACAACCAACAGGUGGGUGGAUGGACAGUUGAGUAUGAUGGUUUAACGUUUGUGAGUGUAAGGGGAGCUGGGCAUCAAGUUCCUACUUUCAAGCCAAGAGAAGCCCUUCAGCUCUUCCAACAUUUUCUCGAAAACCAAACCCUUCCCUCUAAACCCUUUUGAGUACCAUAUCAUCUAUCUAUCUAUCUCCAUAAAGAAAGAAAGAAAGAAAGAAGGUUGUAAGAACC